AUGGUUCGGAACGAUCAUGUCAACAAGGAGAAGGAGAGAGACCUUGAGUUUCUGCUGGAUCACAACGAUGACGAUGCCGACCAACAUCAGGACAUUGAAGCUGACAAGUAUGAGAGUAGCAGUGAAGGGGACACUGACGACGACGACGAUGAUGAUGAUGAUGAUGAUGCAAAUGGGAGACCACAGGCUCACUCUUUCUCUUCUCAGCAAUGGCCUCAAAGUUAUAAAGAGACUACGGAUUCUUAUACAAUAGCUGCUGCUCCAAAUCUUGAGUCAGUUUUUCGAGGGCCGAGUUUUAUGUAUUCUAGCUUUGACAAUCGUUCAAAGAGUAGCUUAGACAUUGAUGGCAAGACACCUUUUCUAUCUUCUGAAGCCAUUAAUCAAUCAACUUGGUGGGAGAAAGCCUCAGUACAACGCCAUUUUUCUGGAGAAUUGCCCAUUGGAUAUGGAUGCAGCUUCACUCAGACAAUUUUCAAUAGCAUUAAUGUGAUGGCUGGAGUUGGCCUUCUAUCUACACCAUAUACAGUGAAUCAAGCUGGGUGGAUGGGCAUUGCAGUCAUGCUUCUUUUUGCAGUUAUUUGUUGUUACACAGCCACCCUUAUGAGACAAUGCUUUGAAAGCAGAGAAGGAAUCAUUACCUACCCAGAUAUAGGAGAAGCUGCAUUUGGAAGAUAUGGUCGUAUUGCUGUAUCGUCAUAUUGUGUGGAAUUCAUCACCUUGGAAGGAGAUAACCUCACUAGUCUGUUUCCUGGCACAUCCUUAAAUCUGGGUAGUUUCCAGUUAGACACUGUGCACCUGUUUGGAGUUUUGACAGCCCUUAUUAUUCUCCCAACUGUUUGGUUGAAGGAUCUUCGCAUAGUCUCUUAUCUAUCAGCUGGAGGGGUUGUUGCAACACUUGUGAUUAUUAUCUGUGUGUUUUGUGUUGGAACCACAAACGGUGUUGGAUUCCAUCAAACUGGUCAAUUGGUUAAAUGGAAUGGCAUUCCAUUUGCUAUUGGUGUCUAUGGAUUUUGCUUUGCAGGACAUUCGGUUUUCCCAAAUAUUUACCAGUCUAUGGCUGACAAGAAACAAUUUACCAAAGCACUAAUAACAUGUUUUACUUUGUGUGUUUUGAUAUACGGAAGCGUUGCUAUCAUGGGAUUUCUCAUGUUUGGUGAUGGCACUUUGUCUCAGAUAACAUUGAAUAUGCCACCAGGUGCAUUUGCUUCCAAAGUUGCAUUGUGGACAACGGUUAUUAACACAUAUGCUUUGUUGAUGAACCCACUGGCAAGGAGUUUAGAGGAGUUGCUGCCAGACAGAAUUUCAUCUACAUAUUGGUGUUUCAUUCUUCUUAGAACAGCACUUGUUGCAUCUACAGUUUGUGUUGCUUUUCUGGUUCCCUUUUUUGGGCUUGUGAUGGCUUUAAUUGGUUCCCUCUUUAGUAUACUUGUGUCAGCGAUAAUGCCAUCUUUAUGCUUCCUGAAAAUUAUUGGGAAAAAAGCUACAAAGAUACAGAUGGUACUGAGUGUGGGCAUUGCUGCAUUCGGAAUCAUUUGUGCACUCCUUGGAACAUAUUCCUCUGUGUUGAGUAUUGCAGACAGUUACUGA